AUGUCGAGAGCAUUAUCUUCUACUAGAGUAUUGAUCGAUGAUCAAAUCAUACCAGCUACAAUUAUAUUCACGUUGGAGACAGGAAAGAUUCUACAUAUAGAGCAUAGAGUGUUACCACCCAAUGAUGCCAUACUCAAGAGGUACGCAGUUUUGCCCAUUGACUAUCGAAAUGUUUCGCCAGCAGUGAUUAUGCCCGGUUUGGUUGAUGCUCACGUCCAUUUGAAUGAGCCGGGUCGUACGGAAUGGGAGGGGUUUGCCACGGGAACCAGAGCUGCGGCAUUUGGAGGUGUCACCACUGUCAUUGAUAUGCCUUUAAAUGCAAUCCCACCUACGACAACUGUAUACAAUUUCAAUUUAAAGAUAAAUGCAGCUAGAGAACAGUGUUGGGUUGAUGUUGGGUUCUGGGGUGGUUUGAUUCCUAGCAACUUACAGGACUUGGUGCCAUUGAUCAGAAUGGGAGUAAGGGGUUUCAAGGCAUUUAUGAUUGAAAGUGGUGUUGAUGAGUUCCCAGCGGUUACCCCACGUAUAAUUCGUGAGGCUAUGAGGAUUGUCAAGGGGGAGAAGACGUUGUUGAUGUUUCAUGCUGAAAUGCAACCUUCAGAAUCCAGAGUUGAUUUCCAAAUCCUGGACGGAGAGGAAGAUCUGUCGAUGGAGCACGAGGAGGAAAAGCUGGUAGAAGUGAGCUGCGCUGAUCCAGUCGUCAUUGAGGAUGAGUUGAUGAAUACCGAUUUUGAUUUGGGUAUGUCUGCUUCAUUUAUCAACAGAGCACCGCAACCGGUGGUCAAGCUUUUGCGCAAUGACCCUGGUACACACAAGCAUGAGCAUGAGCAUUGUAAGUUGCCUCAUAACCAUGCAGGGUCGAUCGAUGAAUCGGUGUUAUCAAAUGAGCAAGCAAUGAAAUUGGCACACACGCCAGUGUUGGCGGGAGCUGAACCAACAUAUGGUAAAAAUGCAAUGAAGGUUAAGAAGCAAAGUCAUUUGGACGAAGAAGAUGGUUUAUGGUUGGUUGAAGAUGAUACGAAAGUGAGUUCGCCAUUGUUGUUGGCAAAGCGAAAGGAUUCGUCUUUAGCCAAUAUCGACCCUACUGCGUACGCCUCUUUUUUGGCAUCGAGACCAGAUAAUUUCGAAACCACCGCCAUUGCGGAAAUUAUCAAUUGCUCCACUUUUGAGCCUACAGUCCCACUCCACAUUGUGCAUUUGGCAACACAUGAAGCGGUACCUUUACUCAGGGCAGCUAAAGCUAAAGGGUUGCCCAUAACAGCAGAGACGUGUUUCCAUUACUUGUCAUUAUGUGCUGAAAAGAUUAGCAGUUGUUCAACUCAUUUCAAAUGUUGUCCUCCAAUUAGGACUGAUGACAACAGGAAAUUGUUGUGGAAGGCGUUGCGUAAUGAUAUUAUCACCACCGUUGUAAGUGAUCAUUCGCCAUGCACGCCUGAUUUGAAAGGGUUGGAAAAGGGUGAUUUCUUUGAAGCAUGGGGCGGUAUUUCCAGUGUUGGGUUUGGAUUGCCAAUAUUGUACACUGAAGGGCAGAAGUUGAAUCCUCCAAUCACGUUGGCAGAAAUCAACAAAUGGUGUUCAUUGAAUACCGCCAAGCAAGUUGGGUUAGAGGACAGAAAGGGGGCUUUGAAAGUGGGUUACGAUGCUGAUUUCUGUAUAUUUGACACAGAAGCGGUUUUCUUGGUUGAAAACAAGGAUGUUUAUUUUAAGAAUAAGUUGACGGCAUAUGAUGGAAUGGAGUUUCAAGGAAGAGUGUUGGAAACUAUGGUGAGGGGCCAUUCAGUGUAUGCGUUUGGCAAAGGUCAUUCAAAUGUUCCUAUGGGUCAAUUGAUUUUGGAACCAAGAAAGUAG